GGGUCAGGGGGCACUCCCGCCGCCCCUCACGGUACCGGCUACCAGGACACUGGGGGCGGAGGGCACCACACGGACGGGGUGCUCUAUCUGGGGUCCCGGGGGUCGCUGGCUGACACCUUGCCCCUGCACAUCGCACCCCGCUGGUUCAGCGCGCACAGCGGAUUCAAGUGUCCUGUCUGCUCCAAGUCUGUGGCGUCCAACGAAAUGGAGGUUCACUUCAUCAUGUGUCUAAGCAAACCUCGCCUCUCCUACAAUGAUGAUGUGUUGGCGAGGGAUGCCGGUGAGUGUGUGAUCUGUCUAGAGGAACUGCAGCAAGGGGACACCAUAGCCAGACUGCCAUGCCUCUGCAUCUACCACAAAAGCUGUAUAGACUCUUGGUUUGAGAUCAAUCGAUCCUGCCCUGAACACCCCUCUGACUGACCACUAUGGCCCACUAUGAAUACUGUUCAAGGACAUCUGGUUGUCCUGCUAUGGAUAUCUGGACACAGACGCAACCAAAUCUGAUGAAACAAUCAAAGUGAUCAACACAUACUUAUCCUGACAGAAUCCACCAUCCUAACCAAGAUAAUUAUUCCUCGUGAACUGAACCAAAAAACCUGCCCAUCGUACAUUAAAGGGCCCCUCCCGAGCCCUCCAUUUAACGUCUGCUUACAACAACCCCUUCCCUGCCCCUCCUUCCCUCCCCACCCACUUCUCCAGGCUAACAAAGUCCAUUGAAGGGCUUCAUCUGCCUCAACCCCCCAUCCCCUCCAACUCGAGUGGCCAUUUGCCUCCCUGACGUGCUCAGGUCCUCGCAGGCCUCCAGCAGCUGGCCUUCCAUCUUGGAUCCAGGCCUGUCAGUCAUUUGUGUCCAGCCCUCCCAUGGCCUUAACUGGAGAGAGGAGAGGAAGCAGAGCAGGGAGCGGGCAGGAGGGAAGAGGAAGGAAACCACGCGAGGAAGAAGGAAGACGAGGAGGAGGAGGGGGAAGAGAAGGAGGAAAUUGUUGAGGAUUGUUGAGUUGCAGAAGCUUGCUUCAAGAAACAGACUUGUACAUUAUUUGGUAGGCCUCUCAUCUCACAACAGGACUCCAACUCGGUGACAUUACAGACUGGGUUCCAGUGUGCUUCUUUCUCAUAGUUCCUGCCUCAGUUCUGCAGCCCUCCUCGUCAAAUUUGACUCAUAAUAAUCAAAUUAAAGUACCCAAAAUGCUUCUUAGAUCCGGGUUGUGCACACCUGGGCAGGCAGGGAGGGAUGGAGGGUUAAAAAAAAUGUCUUGUGUGUACAGGAUGGAUUGGGGAGCGGUCUGAGCAUGCUCAGUUCUGAUUAGGAGGGAGAAAGGGGCCAGCAAUGUAGUUUACGCUCCUACUGUGUAACGUGUGUUUGGGAUGCUCCAGUGUCAGGCUUCACCCGGUACGUGUAUGUGCACUGUGUGUGUGUGUGAGAGAGAGAGCUUGGAAACAUAGCUUUUGCUGAAGCCUAGUGUGUGUGUGUGUGUGUGUGUGUGUGUGUGUGUUUGAGAAAGCGUGAAAGGUCAGUGUAGAGGGCUGACUGGAACAGUGCCGUGUGUGUGUGUGUGUGUGUCUGGCUGGUAUUUGAAAUGUUACAGGUCU